GUACUCUUGGGGGCAGUAUUGUAGUUUUUUCUUUAACUUAUGUCCUUCCUUCUCCUAAAACAUGGCUGCUCCCAUGGCUCUCAGGCGAGAAUUAUCUUCUUUGGCAAGGAUACUCACGGGAAUCUCACAUUUGGGACCCAGAGCAUUGGGCGUCUGUCCAGGUCACAGGAAAUAUAAUAUAAUCAGGUCCCAUCUCCCAUUGACAUCCAGCACUUCCUUCCACACAGCAACAGUGUUUUCAUCAACACCUUCAUCAAUCACUGUCACAGAAGAGCCUGAUACACUGUUUCAGAAGGUGUCAGUUUUGAUCAAAGGCCAUGACAGGGCCGUCUUGGACAGCUAUGAGUUUUUUGCCACCAUGGCAGCUAAUGAGCUGGGCAUCACCAUCAGCAAAGUUUAUGAGCCUCUCAAGGAGAUAGACAGGCUUACACUCCUGAAGUCUGUACACAUCUUCAAAAAACACAGGGUCCAGUAUGAGAUGAGGACUCACUACCGGUGCAUUGAGAUUUCUCAUUUAACAGGCUGCACAGCCCAGGUGUACCUUGAAUACAUCCAGAGGAACCUCCCUGAAGGUGUAGCCAUGGAGGUCACAAAGACUGCCAUUGAGAAGGUUCCCGAUCACAUCAUUGAACCCAUGUGGAAGGACCACCCCAUUGACGACAAGCCCAGCCAGUGAGAGCAGUGAUGAGCAACAGAUGCUUAUUGGAUGUCCUUUCUCAGGCAUCAGUGAACAUGUUUGGGUAAUUGGGAAGACAUUAAAAAUGCAAUACUAUUGUACACUUGUCACGAACUCCUGAACUGCUCAUCAAAUGUAAUAAAAAAAAAAAAAAAGACAUCAAAAAAAGUUGACACAAUGGAAAAAGGUCCUUCAGCUACAGAACUUGCAUCCGUUACAUCACCAUGUAAGUGUCUUUAUGCAUUCAGUUGUGUCUUCAUUGUCUUUUCUGUGCCACAACAAUGUGGAAUCAAAUGAUGGUUCUCUUCCCAAUAAAUACAUUUUACAUUUA